UUGCAUGAAUUCCGUGUUUCUUUAAUAAGAAAAACUGAUGCAGAAAAAGCCCAGUCACAGUGAAGACGUUUGAACAGCUGCCUGUUCUUUUACAUGCAGCCGCGGGGUUACUACAGUUCAUUUUCCUGACUGAUAUAUUGACUGGCAGCUUUGUGCGCACAUCACGCGUGGACGGAGGACUGCGGGGAAUGAGGAUGACAGAGAGCAGCGACCGUUUAUAAAUAAAGCGAACCCAGCUGCACGGACAGACCGACAGACGGACCGUCCCGGCACCGCUGCCGUUCAACGAUCCAGCGGUUAUUGCACCGACCCGGGACGACUUCGCUCCUGCAUGUCCUUUCGUGCGUUCCAGCGUUUGGGUGACGGUGUAGGUUUACCGCAGAAAACCGGUCGGAGGAGGUGAACGGGUUCGGGCCUCGGUGGAGGAGCUGCUGUGACGUAGCAGUCCACCGACACACACACACCGGCUGCCGCUGCCAGGACUCAAUGUGGGGAAAUGACCGCGAGUGACCUCAAAGGGAACGCCGUGUUUUAGCGACCGUUUUCAUUCCCGUUUUAGCUCAACGCCACAGCGACAAUGUACGCCAAAAUCUAGCUCCGUAUUCCAGCGUUAAAUACGUUACACUGAAGGCGGCUCGCGCGGUUGUUUCGCCAGCUAGCAAGCGGACAACAGCUAAUAUUAGCCGGCUAAGCUAAAGCAGCCGGUUACACGUUGCGCUCCGCCGUCAGAUGCUAAGCUAAGCUAGGCUAGGGGGCUGCCAUGGAUAAAGCCAAGUCGAUGAUGGACAAGAAGGGAGCGUCGGGACCGUUUCAUGUCAACAACGGCCAGAGCCAGAGGGGCUUCCACGGACACGUCGUCGUGGCCGCUAACGGUAGCUGCUGCGGCGGCACCGCGUUCGGCUGUCCGAGCACCGGACCCAGCGGCAGCGGCACCUUUGACAACAUGCACCACCUGCACCGCGGGGAUGAUGCCGAGUGCAACGGCUCCCCGGCCAAGAGGUGCCGGCUACGGAGGAGGACGGAGUCGGUGAGGCGGCACAGACCCCCCUUCCCCUGGUUUGGCAUGGACAUCGGUGGGACCUUGGUGAAGUUGGUGUACUUUGAGCCGGUCGAUAUAACCGCAGAGGAAGAACAGGAAGAAGUGGAAAACCUCAAGUCCAUCCGCCGCUACCUCACCUCUAACGUGGCCUAUGGUAAGACGGGCGUCCGUGACGUCCACCUGGAGCUGAGGAAUCUGACCAUGUGUGGCAGGACGGGAAACCUGCACUUCAUUCGCUUCCCGACGCAGGCGAUGCCACGGUUCAUUCAGAUGGGACGAGACAAGAACUUCUCCAGCCUGCACACGACGCUCUGCGCCACUGGAGGCGGAGCGUACAAGUUCGAGAACGACUUCAGAACGAUGGCCGACCUGGAGCUGCUGAAGCUGGACGAGCUGGACUGCCUGAUCCGCGGCCUGCUCUUCGUCGAUCGGAUGGGCUUCAACGGACACCCGGAGUGCUACUACUUCCAGAAUCCGUCGGACACCCAGAGCUGCGUGAAGAAGCCCUGCACUCUGGACAACCCCUUCCCCAUGCUGCUCGUGAACAUCGGCUCCGGCGUCUCCAUUCUGGCCGUGUACUCGGAGAACAACUACAAACGGGUGACUGGGACCAGUCUUGGAGGUGGAACAUUCCUGGGCCUCUGCUGUCUGCUGACGGGCUGCGAGACGUUCGAGGAGGCGCUGGAAAUGGCCAGCAAGGGCGACUCUACAAACGUGGACAAGCUGGUGAAAGACAUCUACGGAGGAGACUACGAGCGCUUCGGACUGCAAGGCUCCGCCGUGGCAUCCAGUUUUGGACACAUGAUGAGCAAAGAGAAGAGAGACAGCAUCAGUAAAGAAGACCUAGCCAGAGCCACGCUGGUCACCAUCACCAACAACAUAGGAUCCAUAGCUCGCAUGUGUGCCGUCAACGAGAAAAUCGAGCGCGUGGUGUUCGUUGGGAACUUCCUUCGUAUCAACACCGUGUCCACAAAGCUGCUAGCCUACGCCAUGGACUUCUGGUCCAAAGGACAACUAAGAGCCCUGUUUCUGGAACAUGAGGGUUACUUCGGAGCCGUCGGAGCGCUGAUGGAGCUGCUCAAGACAACAGAGGACCCGUGAAGGGGAAUCCCGUCACGACAUCAUCGACUGUCGACAGGACGAUGUCACCAGAACGCCGCGAUGUCAUCGACUCCCAACGCCGCGACGUCGUCCUCUUUGUACGCUGCUGAAAGGUCCCCCCUCACAGAGGCCGCUAAAGGAACACUAAGAGACGCAGAAACUGAGAAAAGCCAUUUUAAUGAUUUAACUCUUGUACAUAAUGAUGACCUCUAACAUCCAGAGCCCCUAUCAGAGAGGUGUAAUAUCGUAAUCUUUAAUUUAUAGUUUCCUGUAAUCAGGUGUGUUGAUUCCUGUGUCAGGAAGCACAGAGACACAGCGUCUCUUUGUGUGUUUUUGUUCCUGUGUUUGUGUGAUAGCUACUGUAGCAUUACGUCCUGAGGACUGCAGCGCGCCGGGCCUCUCUCUGUGCAGCACUUCUUCUCUACUGACGUGACAUCUGCUCAGAAACACUCUAGAACGAGUCGUUUUCUCCACCAGCGGCUCAGAGGAGGUUCACUUUGUGUUUCCUGUUUGUUGCACAAGUGGCCCGUCUCGCUGCGGCGCUCUGAGGAGUGCACUGAAGCCAAAUCCUGUUGAGAUUCAUACGCCUCCUCCUCCUCCUCCUCCUUCAGAUGGGGAGCAGGAAACAGCUCUAUCAUUCUGCCUGUCGCUCUGCAGCUCAUGGCCUUUUGCUUUUCUUUUGUCUCCUCCUCGUUAGCGACGCUAGCAGCACCGUAUGCCGUCACGCGUCCACAGCCGGCUGAGUUUCGAUCACGGGACCAAGACGUCGUCUUCCAGCAGACUGGAACGAUCAGAGCUGCUGUCCAGUCUGGCUCAGCUGUUUGUGAUGUGAAGUAUUCUCUGAUAUCUGCUUUCCUCCAGUCCUUCCUCGUCUGUCAGCGUCUAACUGACGGGAUGAGGCGCUGGUUUCUUACCCUGCUGCCUUGUUUGGAUGCUGCGGUUUGAUUUAAUGAGGUGUUCAGGCUGAGCUGAGGUUAAAUUUGCUCGUUGGAGCCCUCAGAUGGGGACAUACGGGGACCAAGAUCAUUUUGCCCACAGUAACCCCUUCCUGUACGUCAAACGCUCUGAAUGCUCGUUUGUUAGCAGCAGAAUCGGUUCAGCUGCUGCUUUUAUCGCUCUGAUGGGCAGAUACUUUGAUGAUUGUCCUCUAAGUUUUAUCCUCCUCCAUCUGCCAGUUUUAGAAGUAAAUUCUGUACUUGCAGGACGACGUUCUAGUCAUCGUCCAACGUUCUUUUGCUACAGAUUACUGUUCAGAUCCUCUAAAUUAAACGAGGAGCAGAAGCUUCAGAUUGAGGCUCGUUUACAGAAUUGGUGUUCGGCAUUAGAAACAUUAAUCGGAGAAGCAUGCAGCACCCUGGCAGAGAUUUGAGCCAAAUUCUUCCCAGAUUUGGAUGUGCUGCUGUGGAUCAUUUAAAUGAAUCUCACCUCCUCUGCACUGACUUCAGGAAGUUAGAAUUUUACGUUUCAUGCUGGCCUCGCCCUGUAGGAAACGUUCACUGUGCACGGCAGCGUCAUAGAGGCUCCAUCACCAGUAAAUGAUUGGAUUAUUAGACUGUAGCUGUUCCUGAUCAUCGUAGUGAUGCCCCCCCGUCCUCCUCCUCUUCCUCUACUUUACCUUCACAGCCUUUCAUCUCUUUCUGUUGUCAAAGCAGCUGGACGGUUCAGUGCUUUAUGGAUUUAAACGUCUGUCUUCAUGCCUUUACUCUCCAGCAGAGGAACUGUGCUCUUUCUCCACGUUCACAAUUAUGACUCUUUCACCGACAGCUUCACCUACAAAUAAACUAAAACCCUAAUCAGCUGGUAUACUGUUAGCAAAGCAGGGAUUCUGAGGGAUUCCUGUUCUCUGCGCUUCACCCUUUAUCAUUACUUUGGUCCUAGUAGCAUGUUUGCUGCGCUGUUUUUGUUACGGUUGAUUUGUUUGUUUAGAGGCCAUUAGCUUGUUUUGAGCCACAGCAGCUUGUAAAGCACCAAGUUUUUAGCGGUUUUUACUGUAAAACUGAAAACACAUCUGAGUUUGUAGCUCAGCUUGCUGUCAGGCACAUUUUAGUGGACCUUCUGUGGCUCGUAAAGUUAAUUUUUCAGGCUUCAUUAACCACGUUAGCUUCAGUAAUCCAAACCCCAUCACUGUUUCUCAGUCGUCUCCUCUGGAAACAGUGACUCGAUCGUGUUUUCUGUCCUGCUGCGUCUGUUUUUUCUCUGUUUUCUUUGUAUUUGCCUUGUUCCAGCUCAUGUUUGGAGGAUAGCUGUGCCCUCAGCCCGUCCUGCUGAUGGUCGUCUUGUGCCACCUCUAACCUCCUUUAAAUCUCACAAACCUCCAAUCAGUUGCCUUUUUACUGCGUCUGCCUGCUUCCACCACGUCUGUGCCCUUCCUGUGCCUGUUCAGCUUCACCUGUGUGUUCAUUGUUGUUGUUUCACUCUUUUUGUUUGUUCCCUUUGUGUUUUUGAUGUCGUAACAGAUUCAGACACAUUUCCAGUCUCGCUCAUCUCCUGCUACUUCCACGUUCAUCUUAGUGCAACAACCUGAGCUUCUCCCAGUAAUCUGGUGCUUUUAACAGCUAAUUUGAGAUUUUUGGACGGCUGUAGAACCAAUUUAAAACCAAUUUAAGAUUAACUUUUUUCAAAACGGUUUCCUUUUUGUUUCAUAUCCUGCCAUUUUUUUGUGGCCAGUAACAACCAACAAUGUGAGUUCAUGUGUUUUUCUGUGUGAUGUUGCUUUUUAUUGUCUGUGGUUGGCACAACAGAACCAGUGUGACUGUAAACCUGUUAUGAUGCUCCGUGAGGCUGCAGAAAUCUUCUCAAACACUUUACUGUCCUGUUUUAUCUCAGCAUGCACUCAUAAACAGCGGCGGUUUGAUCUUUCUAAUCGAAUGAGGCCUCGUGUGACGUCCGAUGCAGAAUCUAGAUGAUAAAUUGUUCGUUUUAAGGUGUACCUGUAUGCGUUUAAAGUGAUCUAACCCUGUUUAAGGCAGGAAUUACUGGACCUAACUGUUGUACUAAUGUUCUGCUGCAGCGUCAGUGUUUUAGGCUGCAGCGCUCAUGAAACCCGUCAUUUAAAGAAGGAUUCUGCUGCUGAAAUGUGAUGCAGGAGUUCAGUCCUGUCCGUAAAUGAGCGUUUAACCCUCCUGUUGUCUUCAUUUAUGAACACCAAAAAAUAUUGUUUCCCCGUCUGAAAAAAAUUCCCCAAAUUUCUGAAAAUUUGCAAAAUUCUUCUUCAGGAAGAAAAUUCCAAAAAUUCCUUAAAUGUUUCUCUUAAAAUUUUUAUUUAAAAAAAAAAAUCCCCCAAAAUUUGGCAAGAAAAUUCUUGUGAAUAUUUUUUAAACGAGUAAAAAUCUUCAGAAAAAAAAUCCUAAAAAUUUAUGAAGGGAUUACAUUUUUAUCAGUAAAGCUUCUCAUAUUUUCUUUAAGAACAUUCAUUUAAAAAAAAAUCAUUCGCUGAAUUAUGGUUGAUUUUUUUAUUUUAUGAAUGUUCUUAAAAAACAUUUUUAAAAUUUCUUUUUUGUCACCAAAAAAUGUUCAAAGAUCUCCCAGAAAUGUGAAAUUGUGGACAUCAGAAGUUUCACUGUGAAGAUAUUUUUUUUCUCCACAUUUUCCAACUUUAAAAUGAAGGACAGGAGGGUUAAGCAGCGUUUCUUUCUGUGCAAAUGUUGUGAAAUCUGCCCACCGAGCUAUGCAGUAACUCAUCCCUCGCUCUUUCAGCGUCUCUUCUGCUCCAGAACCCCUGCUAGUUUUCCUCCUUCUGAUGAAUCCUGUUUGAAUCUUGAAGGAGAGAGUUUCUCCUCCUGAACUUUCUGUCCUGCUGAUGUACAUCUUGACACUAUUUAAGGUGGAUGCUGCUCCUAACAGGAUGUUUGAUCAUGCAGCAGAACAAGCGGCUUUUGUCGUCACAUUCAGGCCACUUCUCUGUGAGGAAUCCUGCUGCAGCUCUGAAGGUUUCCCACAGCUUGCUUCUGAGUCGCUGUGGCGUUACGUUCCUCUACUUAUCGCGGUCAAACCUCCUGCUAUGUGAACAAAUCCAACCUUUUAAACUAUCUUCUGGAAUGCUUGACUGGCAGGACAGAGCUUUUUCUCCCUUGUGAAUUUGAUUGUACAGAGAUUUUGUAAAUAAUAAUAAUAUUAAUAAUAAUAAUAUGAUAUAUUCUACACCAGCAAUCUGUCUGUUGAUGAAGCGGUUUUAACUGUUCAGAGCCACGCUUCCCAAACAUGACUCGGCAUUUCACGUCCAAUCCAGACAGAAGACGAGACGAACGCUGAUUGAUCACCUUUAUUGACAGUCAGAGCUGAUGAGCUGAUAUUUUAGGAUCUACUUGUGUUCUAUGAUCGGGAUGUUCCUCAUUAGGAUUAGAAAGCUUUUUAGAUGUCUUUCUGUGAUUAUCUGGCAUCGUGUGUUCAGAUCUCUAAUUGGAUGUGUCUGUUUAUUUUAGAUGUAUUACCACUUUAAUGUCAUUUUCACAGCUCCAUUCAGCUUAGAUUCCCAAUCAACCACGCUAAAUAUGUCAUAGAUGGCUCUGAAUGGUGAUUGACAAACAUCAGCUGAAUCAGUUUUUCCUCCGAGUCGCUCAGAUGUUUCCUGUCUGCUGGAUUUGGGUGCCGGUCUGUGAUCUGGGAGGUUUUUGAGAAACCAAGUGCUGGUUGUUGGUGUUGGUUCAGCUGCUGCUGCUUUUAACUCCGGUUUGAGAAGAGAAAGGGUUAAAAAGAAAAAAAUAACAGUGAUAAAAAGUGAGGCUCCCUGCCUUGUGCAAUGUGUAUGUACUGAAGUGAAGAGAUUUUUUUUUCUAAAAAGGAAUUAAACUAAAACUGGAUGAGG